AAUUUAAUACAUAAGAAACUGUGAGGAACCUGGAUUUGGUUUCUGAUUCUAUUUAUUUCUUCACAAAAUGGAAUUUCCUCUUUACAAAACUCAUACAAAACCAACCUACCUUGUCAUGUCCAUAACUUACGUUAUUUCUUCUUAGUACAAGCCAAAACAUAAAGCUCUUCCAUUUCUUCUCCUAAUCUCUCUCUCUCUCUCUACAUAUAUAUAUAUAUAUUCCUUUCUCAAAGUGCUUUAGUUCUCUUGUAAUUUGUCCAAAAAAUGAGAGAUAUAGUAUCCUGUUUCAGCGAAAACUCCAUAAACAUCUCUAACCCUUCAUGUUCUAGCUAUCCAAGUAAUGCUUGCAUAUCCCCUGGUCAAAUCCCAUGUGUCCAAACAGCAAUCACUAGUGUCUAUAAAGUCAUCCUGUCCAACCAAAAACAGCUUCUGCUAACCCUCACAUGGUGCAAGAACAACACAGGCCAAGGCCUCAGCAUAAACCUUGAUAAUGACCCUUCAUCUUGCUUCAACCUCAACACCAAUCUGAGGCUAUUCAGGAAGAAGAAAGGCAGCAAAACCCUCGAAUCCAAUCAUUCCAGAGUAGAAGUUUAUUGGGAUCUCUCUGCAGCUAAGUACAAAACUGGACCAGAACCUGUUGAUGGAUUCUAUGUGUUGGUAAUGGUGGAUUCUGAGAUAGCCCUUGCUUUAGGUGACAUAACCGGAGAGCAGAGAAAGUUGAAGAGCAAUGUUCCUGUUGCGAAAGUCUCCCUCAUCUCUCGUCAAGAAUAUUGCUCAGGCAAUGCUCUUUAUUCCACCAAGGCUCAAUUCUCAGACACUGGCAUCACACAUGACAUUCUCAUUAACUACGGUGGAGAAAACAAGGGCCUAAAUCAUCCUGUUUUAUCGAUUUGUAUCGAUAAGAAGACGGUGAUUAGGGUUAAGAAGCUGCAGCUGAAUUUCAGAGGAAAUCAAACAAUUUUCAUUGAUGGAUUGCUGGUUGAUCUGAUGUGGGAUUUACAUGAUUGGUUCUUCAGUAAUCCUGGUUCAGGCCAUGCUGUGUUCAUGUUCAGGACAAGAAGUGGAAUGGAUAGCAGGCUGUGGUUAGAGGAGAAGUUGGUCAAGAAAGAGCAAGACAAACUUGAAUUCUCAUUGUUGAUUUAUGCCUGUAAGACCCCUUGAAUUCUCACCUUGAUUUCUCUUCUCUGGAUAUUACUUUAUUAUCCUUUCUAUCUUGAAAGGAAGUACAGAUGAUUCUUUGGAAAAUAGGAGUAACUAGAAAAGAAACAAAAAUAAAUUACUUAGAAAUGAAAAUUCAGAAUUG